AUGGCGUGCAUGAGGAAAAGCAUUUACAUGAAUGUGGAGGAUGCUGAGAAGAUUUCUUGUCAAAAAUAAAAAUAAAUAUACACUUUUAUACACUUAAAAUACACAACAGAGUGUCACCAUGUUCCAUUUGUAGGUUCUGCAGGUGCUGGUGAGAGGAGAAAGGUGAACCUCAGUAACAUGGCUGCAGUGGGUCUGGGGUUCCUGUGUGUUCUCCUGCUGGCUGUAAUCACUGUGCUGUGUAUAAAACACAACAACGAGAUGCUUCAAAUGCAGAGCAGCAAUGACAACAUGACCACAGAAAGAGACAGGUUAUUAAACAGUAAUAAUAACAUGACUGUAGAGAGAGACAGGUUACAGAGCAGUUACAAUGCUCUGAGAUCUGAGAGGGAUGCAUUGCAAAAUAAACUUACUACCCAAGGUGAAUUGAUUAAUAUGCUUAAUCGUAUUUCUGCUCAAGUUUGUUGUCCUGUUUGAUGGAUGAGUUUCUCCACAAGCUGUUACCUUGUCUCCUCCAGUACAAACACCUGGGAACAGAGCAGACAGAACUGCAGAAAUGCAGGAGCAGAUCUGGUCAUAUGCUCCUGGUCAAAAGUCACUGCUAGUCAUAUGAGAUGUGAUGAUACUGGGGGACCAAUGAGCCAAAUAACGGCGGCCAUCGCCUAUCUGAUGAGGACUGAGCUCAGGUUGUCAUCACCAAUCCAGUAA